UCACUGCGCAUAGUCAACAAAAAGAAAUGUUCAAACAAGGCACAUUUCGAUAUGGAAAGCAAAAGCGUUUCAGUCAAAUAAGAAAGCAAUGACCUUAAGUGGUUGCCCACACUUACAAGCCUUAAAGACUGAAAAAGGCACUGACUCAUACAGGAUUCUUCAUGCAUGCUUCAUAAGCUGUAAAACUGCGGAUGCACGACGUCGCAAGGCACGCCACAGUGUCUGUCACACAUGCAGAGUGUAUGGUGCACGGCUGCACGCUUGCCUUUCCUGUGUGUAUUUUGGUUGCUAUGACAACAACCAUGCACAGGAUCAUGCCUAUGUCAACAAACACUGGUUAGCUGUUGAUAUGACCUAUGGCAUGAUCAACUGUUUUGCAUGUGGUGAUUAUGUGUAUGAUAGAGAUUUUGAGAAGAUUGCCCGGCAUUUGAACAAUCGGACUUCAACACAAGGUGUGUUGAACCAGUUUGUGACAUGGCAGCCAAAUCACAGAGAGUUGGACAUGUUGAGGAAGAAUACAAAAAGACGUAGAGUUGAAGAAAGCUCAACUAUAGGUCUACGAGGUUUGAUCAACUUGGGUAAUACAUGUUUUAUGAACUCGAUAGUUCAGGCAUUGAUACACACACCAGUGCUACGAGAGUACUUCCUAGCUGAUAAGCAUGUGUGUCAAAUGUCAAAGGAGGCAAAUGAACAAUGUCUCGUUUGUGAACUCUCCAGGAUCUUUCAAGAGUUUUACUCUGGUAUAAGCUCUACCUACAUUCCUUUCCGCCUGUUACACCUGGUGUGGACUAGUGCUCGUCACCUUGCAGGUUAUGAACAACAAGACGCACAUGAAUUCCUCAUUGCUGCUCUAGAUCUACUUCACAGGCAUUGUAUAGCUGGAUCUAAUGGUAGAAGUAGCAAUAGCCCACAUAAUUGCCAGUGUAUAAUAGACCAAAUCUUCACAGGAGGUUUACAGUCAGAUGUCACUUGUCAACAUUGCAAUAAUGUAUCUACAACUAUAGAUCCUAUUUGGGACAUUUCACUAGAUCUAGGACCAGGUUUAUAUAAUGGCUCACAUCCUGCUCCUAUUACAGGGUAUUCAAACAGUCCAGGAAACUACGAUCCUACCUCAUUACUAGACUGCUUAAAGAGAUUUACAAAGCCUGAACACCUUGGUAGUUCAGCGAAGAUCAAAUGUAGCAGUUGUGGUUGCUAUCAGGAAUCUACUAAACAGCUCACCAUGAAGAAACUACCUAUAGUGGCAUGCUUUCAUCUAAAGCGGUUUGAGCAUUCUACGGGUUACCAUAAGAAGAUUUCUACAUACGUAUCUUUCCCUGAAGAGCUUGACAUGACACCAUUCAUGUCUUCUUCAAAGACCAACAUUAAUGGUAGUGUUCAUAACUCUACCAAAGGGCUUUCAUGUAAAAAUAAGUACUCACUCUUUGCUGUUGUCAAUCACAGUGGUACAAUAGAAUGUGGACAUUACACAUGUUUUAUACGACAGCACAAGAAUCAGUGGUUCAAAUGUGAUGAUCAUCUUAUAACACGUGCUCUGCCUCAGGAGGUGCUCAACAGUGAAGGAUAUUUGCUGUUUUAUCACAAGCAGAUUUUAGAGUAUGAAUAAUGCUGGGUUGUGAUUAGGAGUCCAUACAGUAUUACCACAAAUUACCCUCCUUCUUAACACAGAAUGAACACUGCCAGAAUACCUGCAUUGUGAACACAGGUUGUACACAAUGUUAAAAUUCAACUUCCAGAACACAGGAUACAGCUGGACAAACUGAAUAGCCAGAAGUUGUCACAUUUCAGCGUUUUAGCUAAAUGUUGUUGUUUGGAUGCUGUGUAUAAAAGAAUGAGCAUCUGCAGUAAUAUGAAAUGCUGAUGUCAGCUCUUCUUUCUGAUUAUUUCUCUUCUUAUUGUAUUUUUCUCAACCUUUCUUAUCUUGUAUGCAGUGUCCGAUUUCCAUUUAAAAAUAUUGCUUUUUUGCUUUUUUUUUUCAAGAUUACUAAAAACAGGUUUGGUAAAUCAUUUUACAAAUGCUCAAUGAACAGUGCUUUCAGCAGUAAAGAUAUUUUGAAAAUUUUUUAAAAUUCCUACUACUACACUUAAAGUUGUUUAAGAAUGGAAAUGCUUUAUAUUUAAAGAAAAGGUAAGAAAUAAUUAAAGGCAAAAUUUGUAGUGUUUCAGUAGUGAGUGAAAACUUGAGCUAUUAACCCUUAGCCUGCUGGCGGCGAUUGGUUUUGCCUUUGCGACCAGUGCAGACCAAGAUCAGCCUGCACAUCCGUGCAGGCUGAUCAUGGUCUGCACUGUUCGCUAUUCAGUUAGUAAAUUUUCAGUGAACACCCCUUCGAAUAAUAAAUGGUACUGCCCAAACUGAAUGACGGAACAGUCCAUUUUAGAAAUUUAGCAGGCUAAGGGUUAAAUUAAAACAACUGUAAAAAUAUUGAAUUUAUUAGUGAAUAUAGGACAGGGAAUAAUUACUGUUGGAAAACAUAGAGCAGAUUACAAAAAAUAGACUGGCAAUUCAAAACUUGUUGCUAUUAAGUAAUGAGGGAGACACUGUAUAACACAGGGCUUUUUUAGCCAAAAUUUUGAAGGGGCCUGGUCAUUUUGUGAAAAAUAGCGCAAACUGGAUUCAAUUAAAAAUAGUCACAAAUUUAAUAUUAAAAGUUCAGCAUUAAGUUUACCAGAACAUAAACAACAAUAUGUAAAGAUAAAUGGUGGAAUCUGCACAAAAUUGUGAAUUUUUUUCGCAACUUUUUGGGGAAAAAAUGCAAUUUUGGAUUGUGAAGGGGCUGAAUAUCGGCCCAUUGUAAAGAAGGGGAAAAAAACUGUAACAUUUAUUGCAAAAUUAAGUCUCAUAAAUACUAUGACAUUUGCAUUUAAAGAAAGUUUUUUUUCUACUUUAGCUAUGUAUUUCUGUGUAAGAGUUUUUGUUCGCACACCUAACUAAAUAUACAGUUAAUAUUCUUUAAACAAUAGCUUAGGUUUUAUUGAAUGGUCUUGUCCUCUCACAGCCCUGAUCUGUCAUUUCAAAACAGCGUAACAGUGUGAUAAUUUAAUGGGCAUUUUUCAUUUUUUUCUGCAGGCCUCAUAAUAUAUAGUCUUUCCUCAGUUUGUAUGAAUAACUAUCUGUUGUAUUACUAGCAUCUUACUUGUGUUCAUGUUGUAAUUGUGUACCUGUGCAAGCCAGAUACAAUAUAUUCAUUGUUUUGAAGAACUUUGUAGACUGAAUAUCUACGUAUGGUGUUUUAACCUUACUGCAGUGUUGCUACAAUGUUUUUUAUUUUGUAGAAUUAAAAUUUGGUGAAGUAAUGUAUAUUGUAUUUCCAUUAUUCGCCAAAAAAUAGCACUAAAAAGGAAUCACUUUUUAGCUGACCUGUCACAAAGUAACAAGGUGAGCUUUUGUGAUUGCGCGUUGUCCGUGCGUGCGUGCAUAAACUUUUGCUUGUGACCACUCUAGAGAUCACAUUUUUCAUGGGAUCUUUUAUGAAAGUUGGUCAGAAUGUUCAUCUUGAUGAUAUCUAGGUCAAGUUCGAAACUGGGACACGUGCGGGCCAAAACUAGGUCAGUAGGUCUAAAAAUAGAGAAACCUUGUGACCUCUCUAGAGGCCAUAUUUUUCAAUGGAUCUUCAUGAAAAUUGGUCAGAAUGUUUAAUUUGAUGGUAUCUAGAUCAAGUUCGAAACUGGGUCAUGUGCGGUCAAAAACUAGGUCAGUAGGUCUAAAAAUAGAAAAACCUUGUGACCUCUCUAGAGGUCAGAUUGUUCACCUUGAUGAUAUCUAGUUCAAGUUCGAAACUGGGUCACAUGCCAUCAAAAACUAGGUCAUUAUGUCAAAUAAUAGAAAAACCUUGUGACCUCUCUAGAGGCCAUAUUUUUCAAUGGAUCUUCAUGAAAAUUGGACAGAAUGUUCACCUUGAUGAUAUCUAGUUCAAGUUUGAAACUGGGUCACAUGCCUUCAAAAACUAGGUCAUUAGGUCAAAUAAAAGAAAAACCUUGUGACCUCCCUAGAGGCCAUAUUUUUCAUGGGAUCUGUAUGAAAGUUGGUCUGAAAGUUCAACUUGAUGAUGUCUAGGUCAAGUUCGAAACUGGGUUAACUGCGGUCAAAAACUAGGUCAGUAGGUCUAAAAAUAGAAAAACCUUGUGACCUCUCUAGAGGCCAUUUAUUUCAAGAGAUCUUCAUGAAAAUUGGUGAGAAUGUUUACCUUGAUGAUAUCUAGGUCAGUUUCAAAACUGGGUCACAUGCCUUCAAAAACUAGGUCAUUAGAUCAAAUAAUAGAAAAACCUUGUGACAACUCUAGAGGCCAUAUUUUUCAAUGGGUCUUCAUGAAAAUUGGUCAGAAUUUUUAUCUUGAUGAUAUCUAGGUCAAGUUCAAAACUGGGUCACAUGAGCUCAAAAACUAGGUCACUAUGUCAAAUAAUAGAAAAAACAAUGUCAUACUCAGUUCAAAACUGGGUCAUGUGGGGACAGGUGAGCGAUUCAGGACCAUGAAGGUCCUCUUGUUUGCAUUAGCUGUAGAAUAUACCUUUUUGGCAUGUGUUGUGGUAAACUUUUGAAUCACUUCACUGUAAUUGUUGAAAAUUUAAGAAACAGAAAUUGCAGAAUUUCAGUAUAUCUUUAUGUAACUUGUGAAAAUAUGUUGUAGAAAUGCCAGCAAAAAGACCACCAUAACCAUUUCAUAAUGCUUGAAAACCUAUAAGAACAGUGAUGUUGAUUGCUGUAAAAGGCAUUUAAUUGAUUUUGGAAAUGAAUUAUUUCUUCAAUUUCUGCUUGAGAGUUUAAAUUUAUAAACAAGAAUUUGAUUACAAUAUAAAGUAUGUACUACUAAAAAUGAUUUUAGGAAUUGUAACAGUCUGACAAUGUGCAUACUAGGAGAUAUUGUAAGCAUGUUUGCAAACUAUUUGAGCCGUGCCAUGAGAAAACCAACAUAGUGGGUUUGCGACCAGCAUGGAUCCAGACCAGCCUGCGCAUCGCGCAGUCUGGUCAGGCUCCAUGCUGUUCGCUUUUAAAACCUAUUGGAAUUGGAGAAACUAUUAGCGAACAGCAUGGAUCCUGACCAGACUGCGCGGAUGCGCAGGUUGGUCUGGAUCUAUGCUGGUCGCAAACCCACUAUGUUGGUUUUCUCAUGGCAUGGCUCAUUUAUUCAGAUGAAUUAUUCUGUCUAACUGCAGUUGGUACUGUAAUUGCUUUUAAUAUUCAAUGUGUCUAAUAAUUACUUACUGUUAAUAAUGACCUUUCAACAUACCACUGUUUCCUUUAUGGUCCUUAACCUGUUUCAAGGAGGGUACAGAUUUACAAUUCAUCUUAAUUUUAAAACUGUAUGCUUUGUUGUACCCCAGUUUUCAUAUGCUUUAUAAAUCUAUACUGGGAAAAUUAAAUGACAGUAUCAGCAAAGUUUUUAGAUUAAAACUGCUGAAAGUGUUAUACUAGCCGCAUGUGUUCUCUGAGAUUUAGGUUAGCUCAAAGCUUAUAUGAAUAUUGUUAAAGUAAUGAAUUGAGACUAGAGUAAAUUUGAAUGAUAAUAGAUCAAUUGGUAUAUAUGUGUAAUUAGGUGUGAAAUACUGUGCUGUCAACAGUUACUUAGAUUUUGUGAGCUUAUAUGAUGAAUUUUUGAAGCUUGUGCUUGUUAAAGAGAUUGGACGUCAUAUUUAAUAAUGUAAAGGAAAAACUUCUUUUCUUUAUAUGAAAAUAUAUUUUGAUUUAUUGUUCCAUAAAGCAGAAAUGAGAAAAGUCAGUAUAUAGAACUGUUAUUAUACCUCUAGAUACAAAGUAGAUGGAGCUUAGUUGGAGUCACACAUGUCCGUUGGUCCAUUGAGUCCAUUCCAUAUCUUCUUAACCAGUGAGCAGAUUUUUUUUUUUUUAAACUAACACCAGUUGUUAACCACAUUAUCAGGAUGUGCAGGGUGCUGAUCCCAGAUCACUUGGUCCAGGUUGUCAAAAAGCUUUAACUUGUGACCUGUCUAUACAAUUAUUCACCUCAUCAAUACGACAUGCAGGGCACAAACACAGUUCACUAGAUUCAGUGACAAUGUCACAUUUGGAAGUCCCAUGUCAAAUAGCUUAUCUGCAUGUCCUCUCUGUAUCGUAUAAACUGUUUGAAAGAUAUUGAUAAAACUAGCAUCCAUUGUUUAACUCAUCAGGAUGACAUACAGAGUAAUAAGAUCCCUGGUCAAGGUCACACUUAGAGGUCAAAGAUAAAAUAUAGGUUUGUGUUUGCUCCAUAUCUUGUUAACCACUGGAAGGAUUUUCAUAAAAUUAGCAUUAAUUGUUAUCCUCAUCAAAACAACUUGCAGAGUAUAUGACUCGUGUUACUUGGUCCAAAGUCAAGUCACUCUUAGGCUUAGGUCACAAUAUUUUACUUUAAAUUUCUCAGAGCUGUGUGUCGGGGUAUUGAUCACCUUUAUUGAUAGCUCCAGUUUUGUUUCCGUACUUUUUCCAUAAUUAAAACAAUAUUCUGCAAGAGCCUGUAUUUGAAGAUGACAACAUACAUUUUAAUUUGUCAAGAUAUCAAAUUUCAGUGUAUGACAUGUCAUUGAAAUUGCAGGCAGUUUUUUGAACAUGCUAUAAAAAAAUAUUUUUUUUACUGGUUUAAUUAAAUUUACCUUGAUUGUCUAGCUCCAGAUGACGAGUGUAUUAUUGUCAUGAUGGAAUCAUAAUGGGGAGAGACUUUUCAUGUUUCUGCAGGUUUUGUAUCUUAUUUUUCACUUUCCCUCCGAAGAUACAUUUUCCUGUAAAGCCAUUUGUAUGACUGUGGUUAAAUCCUGUUAGCUCACCUGAGCACGAAGUGCUCAAAGGUGAGCUUUUGUGAUCACCCUGUGUCCGUCGUCCGUCGUAGUCAACAAUUUGACUGUUAACACUCUAAAGGUCACAAUUUAGGCCCAAUCUUAAUGAAACUUGGUCAGAAUGUUACCCUCAAUAAAAUCUUGGAUGAGUUCGAUAUUGGGUCAUCUGGGGACAAAAACUAGGUCACCAGGUCAAAUCAAAGGAAAAGCUUGUUAACACUCUAGAGGUCACAAUUUUGGCCCAAUCUUAAUGAAACUUGGUUAGAAUGUUACCCUCAAUAAAAUCUUGGACGAAUUCGAUAUUGGGUAAUCUGGGGUCAGAAACUAGGUCACCAGGUCAAAUCAAAGGAAAAGCUUUUUAAUACUCUAGAGGUCACAAUUUUGGCCCAAUCUUAACGAAACUUGGUUAGAAUGUUACCCUCUAUAAAAUCUUGGACGAGUUUGAUAUUGGGUUAUCUGGGGUCAAAAACUAGGUCACCAAGUCAAAUCAAAGGAAAAGCUUGUUAAUGCUGUAGAAGCCACAUUUAUGACUGUAUCUUCAUGAAACUUGGUCAGAAUGUUAAUUUAGAUCAUCUUAAGGUCCAAUUUGAAUCUGGGUCAUGUAGGAUCAACAACUAGGCCACCAGGUCAAAUCAUAGGAAAAGCUAGUUAACACUGUAGAGGCCACAUUUAUGACCAUAUCUUAAUGAAACUUGAUCAGAAUGUUAGUCUUGAUGAUCUAUAGGUCGAGUUCAAAUCUGGGUCAGGUGGGGUAAAAACUAGGUCACUAGGUCAAAUCAAAGGGAAAGCUUGUUUACACUCUAGAGGCCACAUUUAUGACUGUAUCUUCAUGAAACAUAGUCAGGAUGUUAAUCUUGCUGCUCUUUAGGUCAAGUUUGAAUCUGGGUCAUGUGGGGUCAAAAACUAGGUCACCAGGUCGAAUCAAAGGAAAAAUUUGUUAACACUUUAGAGGCCACAUUUCUGACCAUAUCUUAAUGAAACUUGGUCAGAAUGUUAAUCUUGAUGAUCUUUAGGUCAAUAUGUCAGGUGAGCGAUACAGGGCCUUCAUGGCCCUCUUGUUUUUUACAUGCCAGUUAUUUGUGUACAGUGUUUAACUUCAUCAGUGUACUUGUAAAGAGUUUUGGUAAUACUGUUAUCUUUCUAGAUAUUGUAAGAAAAUCUCAUGCUUUCGUAGAAAUAUUUGUAGUUUUAUAUAACUCCUGUGAUAUGUUUAUUUAUAGUUUUGUCCAUUUUUCCUGCCUAUUAUAUUCAUUUGUUGUGCUAUGUUUCAGAUGUUAAAAAUGAAAUUUGAAAUGUUUUCAAAAAAUUAUAAGGAAACUGAGUGUAAGUUCACUAAGGGUGAAUGACCUAUGAUGACAGUUUGCAGUUUUUGGUUGAUAUAUGAUUACGGCAUUUGUCGCCUCAUAUGGAAAAUCAUGUGCUGAUAUGUGCUGCAUUAAUGGUAAAAGAAGUCCUGAAUUAGGAUAGAUAAGUGAACCAAUAAUGGUCAGUGUGUGUCCACUUUAAUACAUGAAUGUGUAAUUCGGUUUAUAUUGUUGUUUCAUCCAUUUGUUUGGAAGUUGAAUAUCGUAGCAUGCGUGAAUUUUGUUAGUGUUUCCUAGAUGUGAAUGACAUAUCUUUAUUUAGUUGUUGUGUGCCUGCCUUUUAGAGUGAUAAUGCAUUACAUGAUUGGGUCAUGUGUCAAUUACUUGACUGUUAGGUUCUCUUUAAAGUGUAAUAAUUUGAGGGUUGAGCGCAGUACUGCAAUAACUCCUAUUAAAUAAAGAAGGAGCUACCGCAGUAUUGCGCUGAACCCUUGGUAUGCGUCUGGUUUGGAAGUCUUGUACACUCUGAUUCCACUGACACAAUAACUUAAUGAGUUAUACAGUAAUACAAGAGUUUAAAGUCACAUUCACUUAUGAAGGUAUAACCCAGAUACUUAUGCUAAGAAAGGCUUUGGACUUGUGAUUUUUUUGAUGUCUCAAACAGACUACUAUAUUUAGGAUAUGGAAUAUAAAUUUCAUCUAAAGUCGGUAUAUAUACAGAAGAAUAGUAUUAACAAUAUAUCAUUUUUGACUGACGUAAUAACCAAUGUAACAAUAUCACAGAUUAAAUGAUUUAUAUCAGGUUACAACAUUCAUAUAUGACAUACAUUAUAUACAUUUCUUUUACGACUUGUAAAUUCAGCUUAUCUCAUUGGUUGAUAACUGGUCAUAUGCAGGUCCAUAGAAAGUUAUAUACACCACAGAAAGUGAUAGUCUUGUAAACAAACUUGAAUGAGCAACUAUUCUUCAAAACAAACUCCAAUGUUAUAAUAUUUACAGAUCUGUUUAACACCAACCAAUUGUAUCUGGUUUCUAUAAACACGUAAUCCAAUAAACAGCCUUGUUACAUUUCAGUAAAAUUGUGUCUUAACUUUAAACAUUUUUUCUUUCAGUCUUAUUGAAAUAUUGACCAAACUGCUCCUUUUAUAGAGCCCGCUUGCGGAAGCAAAGACAUAGUUGUCCAAAUGGCUGUUUGGUGUAUUGUGCAUGCGUCAGUCAGGAUUUGUUUGUCCGGACCAUAACUUGGAGCAAUCUUGUUUAUAUUUGGCAUGAAUGUUAACCUCAGUGAGAUAGAGUGUUUUGGGCAAACCCCAGGUUCCUUUCUCAAAGGUCAAGGUCACAGUUGGAGGGUCAAAGGUCAUGUCAGAUCUUGUCUGGCCCAUAACUGACAUGCAUUGAGGAAUCCUGUUUAUAUUUGGCAUGAAUAUUAACCUCAUUGAGACGGAGUGUCAUGCGCAAACCGCAGAUUCCUAUCUCAAAGGUCAAGGUCACAGUUGGAGGUCAAAGGUCAUGUCAGAUCUUGUACGGCCCAUAACAUGACAUGUAUGAGGAAUCUUGUUUAUAUUUUGCGUGAAUGUUUAACUCAAUGAGACUAACUCUAUCUCAAAGGUCAAAGUCACAGUUAGGGGUCAAAGGGCGGGCUCGACAUGUUGCCCGUGGGCCGUAUGUGUAGUCAUAGAAUAAAACACCUAUUAUAUGAUAAUAUCAGUGAAUAUCCAAGUUCAUGGGCCUGGCAAAGGUGAUAGUAGUGUUAAGAGAAACUGAAAUACAAGUGAAAGCUGCAAUUAAACAUAAAUCAUUAUUUCAUUCAUGAGGAACUCCUACUAGAAAUGUAUGAUUCAAGACCCUAUCUUGGGAACUAAGGAACUUAACAAAAGUCACUCAAUUGUAACUGUGUCAUACAAUUAAGAUAGUGACUUCUUAUUAACUUUAAACUGCCUAGACUAUAUCUUAAUUGUCUGAUUGUGUCUAAUCAUUGCUUAGGACAGUGAUAUAUCCUCUGAACACUAAUCUCUUUAUGCCCCCGGCAUCUUCUGAUGCGGGAGGCAUAUAGUGAUUGUCCUGUCCGUCCGUUUGUUUGUUCGUUCGUUCAUCCAUCCGGUUAACCAAAUGGGACCGUUUCGUCUAAGAUCAAUACCCCUUACUAGAAUGACUUGAUACUAAUGCAGAUGUAACUGGUGACCAUUCCUCAUCUUCACACAUCACCUGACCUCAGUUUGACCUUGACCUUGACCUCAUUUUGGACUUAGGUUGCUUUAUAUGGGCCAUCUCUUGGUAAACCAAAUGGGACGGUUUCAUCUAGCAUCAGUACCCCUUACUAGAAUGACUUGAUACUAAUGCAGAUGUAACCUGUGACCAUUUCUCAUCUUCACACAUCACCUGACCUCAGUUUGACCUUGACCUCAUUUUGGACUUAGGUUGCUUUAUAUGGGCCAUCUCUUGGUUAACCAAAUGGGACCGUUUCAUCUAGCAUCAAUACCUCUUACUAGAAUGACUUGAUACUAAUGCAGAUGUAACCUGUGACCAUUCCUCAUCUUCACACAUCACCUGACCUCAAUUUGACCUUGGCAUUGACCUCAUUUUGGACUUAGGUUGCUUUAUAUGGGCCAUCUCUUGGUUAACCAAAUGGGACCGUUUCGUCUAGCAUCAAUACCCCUUACAGGAAUGACUUCAUACUAAUGCAGACGACCCCUUGACCAUUCCUCAUCUUUACACAUCACCUGACCUCAGUUUGACCUUGAACUUGACCUCGUUUCGGACUUGGGUUGCUUUGUAUCGACAAGGAUGCCACCGGGGGCAUCAAGCGUUUAUUUAACGCAGCUUCUUGUUUAUUUCUCAGACCGUGAAAUGUGAAAUUAAGAAUUUAUUUCAGAGGGGUUUGUCUAGCAUUGACAUGUACAUGUUUUUUGUCAUAUUACAUUUGGAAAUUUUUAUCUUGAACCUAAUACUGUAUGUUAGUUUUUAGCUCACCUGAGCCAAAGUCUCAUGGUGAGCUUUUGUGACCGCUCAAUGUGCGUCGUCCGUCUGUCAACAUUUAUUUUAAAAAAUCUUCUUCUUGAAAACUACUGGACAGAAUUACAUCAAACUUCUCAGGAAUGAUCCUUGGGUGGUCCCCUUUCAAACUUAUUCAAAGAAUUGAAUUCCAUGCAGAACUCUGGUUGCCAUUGCCAUGGCAACCAAAAGGAAAAACUUUAAAAAUCUUCUUGUCCAAAACCGCAAGGCGUAGAGCCUUGAUAUUUGGCAUGUGACCUCAUCUAAUGGUCCUCUAUGAAAAUUAUUGGAAUUAUGCCCCUGGGGUGAAAAGAUGCCCCGCCCUGGGGGUCCCAGGUUUUACAUAGACUUAUAUAGGAAAAAACUUUAAAAAUCUUCUUGCCUGAAACUGCAAGGCCUAUGCUUUUGAUAUUUCGUAUGUUGCAUUGCCUUGUGGUCCUCUACCAAAUUUGUUCAAAUUAUGCCCCUUGGGUGAAAAGAGGCCCUGCCCUGGGGGUCUCAAAUUUAACAUAGACUUAUGUAGGGAAAAAAAAUCUUCUUGUCUGAAACUGCAAGGCCUAGGCCUUUGAUAUUUGAUGUGUAGUGUUCUAGUGGAUGUCAAACAAGAUUGUUCAAAUUAUUCCUUUGGGGUGAAAAGAGGCCUCGCCCUGGGGGUCACUUGUUAUAUGAGUUAUAUAGGAAUAAAUACCUCAAAAAUUAUCAGAUCAUAUUUCCUAGACUGUUUAAUUAUAAUUACCUGAUGACCCCAAGUGAUUAGGGGUCACCUACUGUGACCUUGACCCACUGACCUAGUUUCUUGUUUUUUUAAGAUACAGCCUUGAAAUUUGGAUGACAUGUACAGUUUUGCGCACCAGUCGUAAAACUGACUUUCAUUGACCAUGAAUAUGACCUUCUGACCUACUUUCUAAUAUUUUAGCAUCAGUUUGCCAUUCUAAACAUGUGGCUCAUAUUACUCAGGUGAGCGAUUGUUCUGAGAUAUUAUGAUCUAAUAUGUUAUAAUCGAGUUGAAGGUUAUGUCACUGUUUAACUUUGGAGUUGUAACAUUGUCACAACAAGGUAAACAUUUUUAUCUGAUGUUACUUUUGAUAGGGUUAUUCAUGAAUUGUAAUGGUUUAUGUUCAGUUUGGGAACAGUCAGUAUUAACAUCUUAGCAUGUAUGAAUGAACACAUGUGGUUUUGUCUGUAUUGUGUGUUUGAGCAGGAAAAACAUUUUAGGUUACAGUACGUUUGAUACGUACAGAAUACAAAUGUAAAACAUUUGUUUGAAGAGCUUUUUUUUUCAUAUACAUGCUAAGAAUCAGUUUUCAGAUAUAAUAAAAAUCAAGAAAAGA